AUGAGUAAAUCAAAAUACGGUAAGAAAGUUGUUAAGUCUGUUGUAAAUCAUAGAACCUGUGGGGUAUGUAAAUGGUGGCAAAGAAAUAGACCAGGACUUCCUGUCAGAAAACAUAGGUGUGUACGCAAUCAUGUAGGUAGUGCCAAACUCAUGGAGAGCACAGGCGGAUUGAUUGGUGUGAAAGACCUUGCAGCCCAGGGGACACCUGUAGAGUGUAUAGAAGGGGAUGGUGACAAUACGCUGAUAGCUCGCAUUAAAAAAGAUCUCAACAUCUCUUUGAAGAAGAAGUUUGAUAAGAAUCAUGUCCUGAAAAAUAUUGGGAAGAGUUUAUAUGCACUGCAUGCGGAAAAAGGUAUAAAACUCAGCAAGACUGUUAUUUUACAUAUCCAGAAGUGUCUCAAAUAUAUCUUUGCCAAAAAUGCUGGAGAUAAGGACAAGUUACAAGAAAAUUUGAAAGCCCUUAUUCCCCACCAGUUUGGAGACCACUCACUAUGUGAGGGUAGAUUUUGUGGCUUCAAACGUACUCCAAGUGAAACCUAUGUUCACAGAAGCCUUCCAUACAAGGCUGCCUUGAAAGAUGACAUACUUCGUUCAAGACUAGAGAGUUUAUUCCAGCCUAUUAUUGCUAAUGCAGAGCAAUAUGCAGACCUUGGCUCAAGCCAGCAAUGUGAACACGCGAAUAGAGAAGUGACUCUUAGGGCACCCAAAUCUCUUCAUUAUGGUAAUUCCGAAUCGCUAGAUUUCAGAGUCCACGCAACAGCAGCAUUUAUAAAUGAAGGACGACAUUACAUCUCACAGGUUCAUUCAGUUGUUCACAGAGUGUUUGUUAUGAGUUUGUUUCGAGUUUUCUUAUGUUGGGUUUAUUUAGAGUUGGUGAACACGACUGCUGGGCUAUCUCCUGGUACGCACACUGAACAGUAUGCCACAAAGAUGACAAAGAAGAGGAAGGCCAUGCAAGAGAAGUCACAACUACCAUCAACGAAACGCAGGAGAAUGAUCCUUAAGCAAGAGCGCGCUAUUGUUCAGAGUUCAUCUGAAGUUCUUGAGGGAAUUUCAUACCAAUCAGGUAUUGGACAUGAUGCUGACACUGAUAUUGAAAGUUUACCAGAGGCCAUACCUCGGGGCAUUUUUAAGCCCAUUUGUUUGAGAGGAGACGUUGCAUCCUUUGUUACAUUUGACUUGGAAACUACUGACCUCAUUCAUGGACGAGUAUUCCCUCAUAUUACACAAAUGACAGCCUACGAACUUCAUUCUGGAGCAACUUUUUCUGUUUAUGUGAUACCAAGAUUGCCAAUAUCAAGUUCUGCACAGCAAGUAACUGGCAUAGCUAUGAAUGGGUCCAACUGUAUGACUGUCUGUGGUAGACCCGUAGACGCUUUAGGAGUACAUGAAGCAUUUGAUAGUUUCAUCAAAUGGAUCAAUACGUUUCCAAAUGCUGUGUUGAUUGCCCAUAAUGGAAGAAGAUUUGACUUUCCUGUACUUAUGAAUACCAUUAUGAAUAUUGGUAAACUAAAUGAGUUCUUUGGCAGUGUAUGCGGAUUUAUUGACUCACUUUCAGUAUUUAGAAAAGUGUAUCCAGAGAGAAAAUCAUACAAGCAAGAAGAUUUAGUAAAGUCACUGUUGAACACAAGUUAUGAUGCUCACAAUGCAAUUCGUGAUGUCAACGCCUUAGGAAAAUUGAUUCGGCAUUUAGCGCUUUCAACACAAGAGCUCUUACAGUACAGUUUUCCUCCACGUGCUGUCCACAGUGCCUUUCUUUUCAGGGAGGAAAAAGCAAAAAAUCUACCGUCACUGAAUCCACUUAUUAGCCAUGGAGUGAUGAAAAUGUGUACAGCAGAAAAUGUUGCUGGUUCUGGUUUACAGCUUGCCCAUCUUAGAAAGAUUUUUGAGCGGGAUGGAGAAGAUGGACUUAGAAACACGUUCAUUGCACCAAACUCUGAGGGACAACCACGGGUGACCAAUGUAAAGAGAACUCUUGAGAGUGUUUUACCUAAAUUGGUAGAUUAUUUUUUUAUUAAGAAUUAAUUCUCUUCAAUUAUGUGCUGUGAAUACAUGUAUAUGCAUUACCUGUCAACAUAUUUGAUGCAUGUAUUUCUUUUACCUUACUGGCUCUUAUACAUAUAUUGUAUAUUUGAAUAGAUUGUAUACAUUUUCAUUACUGGCUAAUAAGUAGAUUCAUUGAAGGUAAAUUUGACAAUUUUUAUUGUUCGUGUCGUUGGUCAUUUUU